GACAAAUCGACCUGCAGUCUUGAGAAAGUCAAGGUGCUGCGAGGAGGUUUUGAAGGUCUCACUGACUCUAAGGAGAGAAAGUAAUUUCAAAUGAAUAUUUACAGGAGUUUUGGGAUUCUUUCUGAGAGGUUGACUGAAGGCUACAUUGGAUCAGAAGCUGGUUUGGACAGAACAGAUUCAGUGUCAAGGGAAUCUGUCCCACUUUCCCAUGUAAAAUCAGAAUCUGAGGACUCAGGAGUUGAGACGAUUAGUACGACUAGCCCCUGUCAUUCUCACCAAUGUAGUGGAUUGACAUCUGAAGAAAUACAUCCAGUUUUUGACUCUACAGAGGAUCCUCCAUCCCCGUCUCCAUCUGUCUGUUCUUCCUCAUCCUCGAGUGUCUCACUUGGCUCUGUGGCUCAGAAAACCGCAUGUCUGGAAGUGGAGCAAGCCUUAAGAAAAGCAGAAACAUCCUGUAGAGAAAAAAGUUGGACUGCUGGACCAUGGUAUGGAAGCAAUACAACCUCUUUUCCGACCAGUUGUCAUCCCAUUGGCUACAGAACACAUCAUCGCUUUGCUCGCCCAAGGAGAACUCACUCACAACCUCCAGAUCCACAGAAAGCAGAGCUGUACAGAAAACACCUUAAAUUACGCCAACAUGGCCACCCAGUUGACAGACACGUAGAGCAGUUUGCAGACGGUGGUGAUCAGGCCAGGCUGGACGCGCUUUCUCCAGGCCUGCUGUACCUUGAGCAGGUGUGCAGGAUGCUGGAGAGCAUCGCUAAACUACAGCAGCAAAACCAGAGCCUGCAGACCGAGCUGGAGAUCCUGAGGAGUCAACAAGCACAAAUACAGUGGGUAAGCUCGCAUGAGGAGGAAAUAAGCUGUCCUGCCAGUCAACAUUUAGACAUUCUGAGUCACGAAUGUCCAGCCAGCCAAUCCUCUCUCUUAAAGGAGCCUGCAGGGUUUCGGCAAAGAUCAGCAUCUGACACUCAGGCCGUCAACCGUCACAGGAGAUCAAGGUUUGUUCGAGAUGAGCAAAUUGCUGAUGCUUUAGUCGAAGAACCUGAAGAUAAAGAUCCUCUACCGGAAAAUGAACACAAGAAGCUAAGCAGGAUCCAAAAGCUGAAAUUUAUGUCAUUUAGAAGGCAGGAAACACAUCGGUCUGAUGGAGAAAGCAACAGCCUUCAGACUAAGAAGAAAACCAAAUUGCAAAACAUGUUCAGGAGAAGGAUGACCACACGUCUCUAGCAUUCAUAUGAUGUCCAGGGAUGAUGGCUCACAGUGGUCAUUUACACUUCCCAUUUACCCCAGGAUUAUAGCACUAUUAUAUGUACCUGUUGUGUUUAUUCAUGUAUUUAAGGUUGCACUUAAAAAAAGUACUAAUAAUCUUCAUUCAUUAACGUACUUUGCAUGUCUUAAUGUUGUGCACUGAUUUUUUAAUUGCUGGAUCCUUUUAUUUAAUGCAAGUACAUUAUGAAUUAUCAUGGUAAAUAUUAGUAUGUUGCUGCUAAAACAAUUGUUUUGAAAUUUUUACCGUAUUUUAAAAGUGUUUUACAUUGCUGUAAAAUGUAAACAUAGUAAAAAAAAAUACUACAUACACAUGUUAUCAAAUAUAUAGUUUACAUUCUCAUUGCACGACCAAACAAUUACUAAACAUGAAUUUAUACACACCACAAAAGAAAAAAAAACAUGUUUUACUGAAAAAAAUCACAUUCAUUUCGCUUGUAGAAUAAUUUAAAAAAUAAUCUUUGAGUGAAAUAUGUAAAUUUAACAUAAAAAGUGUGUUAAAUUCACCAUUGUCGUACAUUUUUAAUGCAACAUAUUUCUACUGUGUCAGCAAUAAACUUAUUUUUUAUGAAAA